GAUUUAUGAAGAAACACCAGAAAACCAUUCUCUCACUCUUGGAAAAAUGCAGAAGGAUGAGUGAAUUGAAACAAAUACAUGGGCUGAUGAUCACCACCUCAGUUGUUAACAAUGUAAUCCAGUUAAGUAGGCUUGUUGAUUUUUGUACCAAUUCUGAGGCCAGAGACCUCGGCUACGCAAAGAAAGUUUUCCAGCAGAUCAGUCAGCCUAGUGUCUACAUCUGGAACUCAAUGAUCAGAGGCUACUCCAAUAGUGAGAACCCGGUUGAGUCUUUGAUUAUGUACAGAGAAAUGCUGCGAAGGGGUUACUUGCCCGACAAUUUUACUUUCCCAUUCGUGCUUAAAUCGUGUUCUGUGAUCGCUGAUUACCGUUAUGGAAAAUGUGUUCAUAACUGCAUUGUGAAAACUGGGUAUGGGUUGGAGGUCUAUGGCUCUACUUGUUUGCUUAGAAUGUAUGCUUCUUGUGCAGAUAUGGAAUCUGCACUCAAGGUGUUUGAUAUUAUUCCCAAGUGGAAUGUAGUUGCUUGGACUAGUUUGAUUUCCGGGUUUGUUAAUAACAGUCGGGCUAUCGAGGCUAUAAAGGUGCUCAAGGAUAUGGAACUUCACAAUGUACAGCCAAAUGAGAUCACCAUGGUGCAUGUUGUAGUCGCUUGUGCACGAAGUAGGGAUAUUGAUACAGGAAAGUUGGUUCACAGUCGUAUUCGCCAACUAGGGUUUGAUCCAUUUGGUUCAAGUUUUAGCUUUAAUGUAGUUCUUGCAACUGCCUUAUUAGAUAUGUAUGCAAAAUGUGGCAGCUUGAGAACUGCAGGGGAUCUGUUCAACAAAAUGGCUCAAAAAAACUUGGUUACCUGGAAUUCUAUGAUUAGUGCUUAUAACCAGUAUGGCUGGGCUGAGGAGGCAAUCGAUCUCUUUUCUGAUAUGCGGAUUGCUGGUUUUGUUCCAGACCAAACUACCUUUCUAGGCGUAAUAGGUGCUUGUGCGCAGUUGGGGGCCUUGGCAUUCGGACGAAGUCUUCAUUCAUAUGUAUCGAAAACUAGCAUGUGCAAAGAUACUACAAUUGGGACUGCCUUAGUCGACAUGUAUGCUAAAAUUGGAGAUGCAGGAAGUGCUCGAAGAAUUUUCGAGAACUUGCAGAAGAAAGAUGUGAUGGCAUGGACUAGCAUGAUUAUCUGUUUAGCUACGCAUGGACACGGUAUGGAAGCUCUACAUAUAUUCAGAAAAAUGCAAGAGGAUGCUAGUGUUAUUCCAGACCAGAUCACUUACAUUGGGGUUUUAUCGGCAUGUAGCCAUAUCGGUCUUGUAGAGGAGGGUCAGAGACAUUUUGCCUCAAUGGUAAAUCUUUACGGCAUAAAGCCGACUGCGGAUCAUUAUUGCUGCAUGGUUGAUCUUCUGAGUCGAGCAGGCCGCUUUGAUGAGGCGAUGAGACUGCUGGAAGAGAUGCCGAUCCAACCCAAUGUUGCUGUCUGGGGAGCUCUCUUGAACGGCUGCGAGAUACAUGAAAAUGUUGAUCUAGCUGACAAAGUGAGAAGAUAUAUAACAGAGAUGGAACCUCAUGGCAGUGGAGUUUAUGUUCUGCUGUCCAAUAUAUACGCUAGGGCUGGUCGAUGGCAGGAAGUAAAUCGGGUUAGAGAACUGAUGAAAAACAGGAAUAUUGCCAAAAAGCUAGGGCAUAGUUCGGUCGAAAUGGAGUUGUUAAGUUCAUAAGUGUACUAAAACAUUCCCAGAUGAGAUAUUAUGUGUAUGUUCUGCCUGUCAUAAACUCAAAAGAGCAGUUAUGUCCAA